GGGUCAGACCAUCAACGCGGUGGAGCGGCUGUUUCUCUACCCAGAGCUGAUCACCAGCUUCAUCUACAGGGUGACGGGCAGUCAGGAUUACGUGGAGCCCAUCUACUUCUACAUCGGGACGGUGUUUGGCCUGCAGGCCGUCUGCGUCACGGCGCUGUUCGUCUGCAGCUGGGUGAUGAGCGGAACCUGCGUGGCCGGCAUGCUGGCCGUCUCCUGGUUCGUCCUGAACAGACAGGACGCCACCAGGGUGGAGCAGGGGAUCCCUCUGCGGGAGAACUGGGCCCUGCCUUAUUUCUCCGUCCAGGUGGCGGCGCUGACCGGCUUCCUGAGCAACAACAUCAGCUCUGCCUCUGAGAUGUUCUGCUACCUCACCAUGAGCGCCUCCACCUUCACCUUCCUGCUGCUCUGGGAACACGGACACUACGUCCUGUUCGUCCAAGGCCUCUGCUUGCUCCUGCUGGACUCGCUGGACCUGGUUCCGCAGCGGAAGACGGCCGACAUCAACAAGAUCUACCUCAGCUCCCUGGUUCUGGUCUACCUGUUCCAGUUCCAGAACUCCGCCCUGCUCGCCUCGCCGCUGCUCUGCCUCCUGAUUGGCUCGGCCGUGGCUCGGUCCUUCCAGAGGAAGAUGAGGAUGGGUCCUCUGCUCGCCCGCGUGAUGAAGCUGCUGCUGCACUUCCACCUGGUUUUCACCGCUGGGAUCAGCUUCGCUUACCUCAUCAAGAAGCUGUCCCCCGUCGGCAGCAGCGACUUCACCCUGAAGCUCCUGGAGGUCAAAUUUGGGCUGAACACCACGACAGACUUCAUCACCAACUUCCUGCUGUGUCAGGACGGGCUGCGGGCCGCCGGUCAGAACCUGUUCCUGCGGCUGACCCAGACCUCCGUCCUCCCCUUCUACGUCCUGGUCCUCGCCGUCUGCCUGCUGUCCACGCUGCAGACCGUCUGCAGGAAGCUCAGCGGUCAGCCAAUGAGCAGCAGCCUCAGGCCGGAGGACGGACCAAUCGGAGAGCAGCCUGCGGUGGCCUACCACGUGUUUCACACCCUGUUCUUUGGCGCCCUGACGCUGCUGUUUGACGGGGUGAAGUAUUUAUGGACGCCCUACGUCUGCAUGUUCGCGGCGUUCGGGGUGUGUUCUCCGGACCUCUGGAUGACGGUGUUCAGGUGGAUCAAGCUCAGAUCCAUCCACCCGGUGGUGUUGUCUCUGAUUCUGAGCACGGCCGUCCCGACCAUCAUCGGCUUCAGUCUGUGGAGAGAGUAUUACCCCCGGGUGUUAGCGGAUCUAGCUGAUCUGCAGGAGUUCUACGACCCGGACACCACGGAGCUGAUCGGCUGGAUCAGGUCUCAGGCGCCGGCCGUGUUCGCCGGCAGCCCUCUGCUGCUGGGAACCAUAAAACUCUGUUCUGGGUCGGCCGUCACCAGUUUGCCCAUCUACUCUGACAUGGACCUGCUGAGGAGGAGCGAAGAGACCUACCAGGUUUACUCCAUGAGGUCUGCGGAGGACGUCUACAAAUGUCUGACGGCUCAGAAGACCACCUACGUCAUCGUGGAGGAGUCCAUCUGCAAUGACGUCCAGCUGAAGAAGGGCUGCAGACUCAAAGACCUGCUGGACGUCUCCAACAGACACGUCGUCCACGACGGAUCCCGGAUGUUCUCCUCCUCCAAGCAUGGCCGCUUCUGCCAGGAGGUCAAGAUGAACUACUCGCCCUACACCAACUACUUCACCCGGGUGUUCUGGAACCGUUCGUACCACGUCUACAAAGUCAACUCCGUCAUCUCCUUCCAGUUCUGACUGCAGAACCUCUGAGGGGUUCUGGACGCCCACUGCAGGUCCAUCUGCUGGAGGAUGGAGGUCUCUUAGUUUGGGCUGAGAUCACAGAGGUUCUGCUCUUUUGGAAGCUUUGGGUCACAUGUUCUGCAGAACCCUGGAGGUCUGAUGGAGCAAUGACUCGGUCUGGACUUCCUGCACAAGAUGUAGGACUGGAUGGAUGGAUGGAUGGAUGAUGAAGGAUGGAUGGAUGAUGGAUGGAUGGAUGGAUGGAUGGAUGGAUGGAUGAUGGAUGAUG